CUGGGGCACUGAAUAUGUUUGGCGCAAACUUGAGCCCCGGGGGCGCAUCCAGGAGGGUGCUACUGCUGUUGCUGUUGACUAGGCUGCUGUUGCUGCUACUCCUUGUGGCGGCUCCUGCUGAGGGCAAGGGCUGCGUCUGUACCGACAAAGGCCCUUGCUUUUGUGAUGGCAUCAAAGGCGAUAAGGGUGAGAAAGGCUUUCCUGGUUGUCCUGGCACACCUGGCCAGAAAGGAUUGCCUGGUCCAGAAGGUAUACCUGGACCUCAGGGACCCAAGGGAUCUCCGGGGCUUCCGGGAUUUAUUGGUUCCAAAGGCACAAGGGGAAUGACAGGAUUGCCAGGUUUUUCAGGUCCUCCAGGACUCCCAGGUAGUCCUGGGAAUACUGGUCCUUAUGGGCCUCCUGGUUUACCAGGAUGCAAUGGCACAAAGGGUGAGCAAGGAUUUCCUGGACUUCCGGGGAUACCAGGUCUUCAAGGGGUCCUGGGUAUCAAAGGCUUAAAAGGAGAAAAAGGAUCCCCUGCUCGUGAAGAAGGUAUAGGAAAUGGUGGAAGAGGUGACCCAGGGUUACCAGGAAUCCCAGGACAUCAGGGUUUGCCUGGCCCCCCAGGAUUUCCUGGGCCAGCUGGACCACAAGGGCCCCCAGGAUUUUCAGGUUUUCCAGGAGAGAUGGGACCUCCAGGACCAAAGGGUCACAUGGGCAUUAAAGGAAUUGGAGAAAAAGGGGAUCAGGGUGUGAAAGGGUUAACAGGACCCCCUGGACCACCAGGUGCAGUUAUUGUGACACUGACUGGACUGGAGAAUCUAACGGACUACAAAGGGGAUAAAGGAGACAAAGGAUCAGUCGGAGAGCCAGGACCCCCAGGACCAAAGGGGCUACCUGGAGAAUCUUAUGGAUCUGAAACUGGUAAUCCUGGAGACCCGGGUCCUCAGGGGAAACCUGGGAAAGAUGGUGCCCCUGGUUUCCCUGGAUUUCCAGGAGCUAAGGGUGAAAAGGGUUUUCCUGGAUUAAAUGGUGAAACUGGUGUUAAGGGAUCUAAAGGAGACAUGGGCCCAUCAGGAUUUCGUGGUCCAACAGAAUAUUACAAUGGAUACCUGGAGAAAGGCAUCAAAGGAGUUCCUGGCCCCCGGGGUCCUAAAGGAGCACGUGGUCCACAAGGACUCCAAGGUCCACCAGGAGAUGUUGGUAGACCAGGAGCUUCCAGACCGGGUCUUAGAGGUACUCCAGGAUAUCCAGGAAUCAAAGGAAGUAAAGGAGAGCAAGGACCACCAGGCAUGAACACAAUAGGGCCUCCCGGACAUCCAGGAUUCCCAGGCACACCAGGCUACAAGGGGUUACCUGGUCUUCCAGGACCACCAGGCAAAGUAACUUUUCGAGAUGGUCCUCCAGGAGACCAUGGUGAUCCAGGCCAUUUGGGGUCUCCAGGCAUGCCAGGAGCCUAUGGGCCCAAAGGAGAAGCAGGACUGCUUUGUACUCAAUGUACUUAUACUCCAGGACCCCCAGGACUACCAGGUUUGCCUGGGUUAGAUGGUAAAAAUGGAAUUAAAGGGAGGCAAGGACCUGAUGGUUUAAAGGGAAGUCCAGGAACUCCAGGAUAUAAAGGUCUACCAGGUUUUCCAGGAUUCCCAGGUUCUCCUGGUGAUCAAGGACUAAAGGGACAAAAAGGUGAAACAUCACAAGAAGGAGAAGUAGGAGAUCGAGGGGACCCAGGGAUUAGAGGAGAUCCUGGGAAAAAGGGCUCAGAUGGAAUCCCUGGAAAACCUGGCACUAAAGGAUUGCCAGGCACAAAAGGCGAACCGGUUGUGAAUGGUGAAAAGGGGGAUAGAGGUUUUCCAGGAAAUCCUGGUGAACCUGGGCCCCCAGGACCCAUGGGACCAGCUGGACAUUCCAACUAUGGACCACAAGGAGUACCUGGACCAAAGGGAGCUACAGGUGUGCCUGGACUUCCUGGACCACCUGGAAAUGAUGGUCCUAAAGGGGAACCAGGCAUAGUGAACCCUGUACCUGGCCCUCCAGGUCCUCCUGGGUUACCAGGGCUACCUGGCCUCCAAGGCACAAGAGGAAAUCCAGGGUCCAUGGGACCAAGAGGUUACCCGGGUCUUCCUGGGCCUGAUGGUGAAGCAGGAUUCCCAGGAACUGGAAUUCCUGGGACUCCUGGACAAAAAGGAGACAAAGGUUUUCCAGGAGCCAGAGGAUCACCAGGUUGUCCAGGAGAAAUGGGAAAACCUGGGUUGCCUGGAAUGCCAGGGCUCCCAGGAGCAAAGGGAGACCCAGGUACAGCGAUGCCUGGAAAACCAGGAAAAAUUGGUUUUCAAGGACAAAGGGGAGAUUCAGGGGAAAAUGGAGAGAAUGGACUCCCUGGACUUCCAGGUCUUCCAGGACCCCCAGGAAAGGAAGGACCUAAUGGGCCACCAGGAGAGCCUGGAGUUCCUGGACCUCCAGGAUUUAAUGGGCUUCCAGGAUUAUGUAUACCAGGUGAAAAAGGAACCCAAGGACUUCCCGGUUUAAAUGGACUAAAAGGACCACAAGGCGACAAUGGCUUGGAAGGUCCUAAAGGGGACCCAGGGAUACCCGGCUUAGAUAGAUCAGGAUCCCCAGGAGAACCUGGCCCACCAGGACUGCCAGGUCAUCAAGGGGAGAAAGGAUCUCUGGGUCCAGCAGGACAAUCAGGAGCUCCAGGACAUCCAGGUCCACCAGGUCAAAAGGGAGAAGUUGGCAUGAUGGGUCAUCCUGGAACAACUGGACCACCUGGGACUCCUGGGAACCCAGGUACCCCAGGACACAAGGGUAACUUGGGAAUUCCAGGAAGAAAAGGAAAGAAAGGACUUCCUGGCAUAAAGGGUGAAAGAGGUAAUAAAGGAAAUCAAGGACCAUCAGCAAUAUCAGCUGAUGUAGGAGAGAAAGGUGAACCAGGAUCAGAAGGACCUUUGGGUGGCCUUGGCCAGAAAGGAGAGAGAGGUAUUACAGGUCUACCAGGAUUACAAGGCCGGGAUGGAAGACCUGGAAGACCAGGUCUACCAGGAGUCAGAGGAGAUCCUGGUACCAUGGGUGACCCUGGAAAACCAGGACCAUCUGGAGGACCUGGAAGCAUGGGACACCUGGGAGUACCAGGUCCAAAGGGGAAAAAAGGUACUGAAGGCCACCCAGGUGUAGCUGGCAGACCAGGCCUCCCUGGUAUUCAGGGAAUGAAGGGAGAAAAAGGAGAGCCAGGCUAUGUCAAAGAUGCACAGCCAGGACCUCCAGGGCCAAAGGGAGAACCAGGACCCCCUGGUUCCUUAGGCAAGAAAGGAAAAAGAGGGCUACCAGGCCCACCAGGACCAGUAGGACCUGCUGGAACUGAAGGGGACCAAGGAAGUUCUGGAAACCGUGGCCAUCCAGGACAGCCUGGCCCUGCUGGUGAUUUGGGAUUUAAAGGAUGCAAAGGUUUUCCUGGUACUCCAGGAAUGAAAGGACCUCCAGGUCCUCCAGGAGUCCCAGGACCUCCUGGACCAAUGGGUGAAAAAGGCACACAAGGAGGGGAUGCGUUUCCUGGUCCAGCAGGAGAAAAAGGAGAAUUGGGUCUGCUAGGGGCACUGCCAGGUCCAAGAGGUCUUCUAGGUUUAGAAGGAGCCAAAGGAAAUAAAGGAAGACCAGGUUUCCCUGGUAUCCAUGGUAUGAAAGGUGUCAUGGGAGAUGUGGGACCAAGAGGCCCCACAGGAAUGACAGGACUACCAGGGCCACCAGGUUUUCCCGGUGCACUAAUCCCAGGCCAAAAAGGAAAUCAAGGUCCUCCAGGCUUGACAGGAAAUCCAGGUGAUCCUGGCCCCCCAGGACCUCCUGGUGAUCACACAGGAAUAAAGGGAGAAAAAGGUUUUCCAGGAGACCAAGGUCCAACAGGUCAACCAGGAAUCAUAGGAGACCCUGGGCCGCCUGGGCAUCUGGGAAUGCCAGGCACCCCAGGUUCUCCAGGUUCUCCAGGUGAACUUGGGUUUCAAGGAUUUCCAGGAACAACAGGAGAAAAGGGUAAUCUAGGACCUCCAGGACCAUUUGGACCUCCAGGGUCAAUUGGGCCAAAAGGACCUCCUGGUCAGCCUGGAGACCCCGGAACAAUUAAAGUUAUAUCCCUGCCAGGGAGCCCAGGACCUCCCGGUCAACCUGGAGAACCAGGAAUGCAAGGAGAACCAGGAGCACAAGGACCUGCUGGCUACCCAGGCCUUCAAGGACCAAGAGGUCAACCAGGGAAACCUGGAAAACCAGGAAUUCCUGGACCAGUUGGAGAAAAAGGCAACAAAGGACCUAAAGGAGAAAUUGGACCUCCUGGGUCAGUUGGAUUGCCUGGAUUAAAAGGAAAACCUGGAAACUUUGGACCACCUGCAACUGGGCCAUCCAUCAAAGGUUUUGUUUUCACCCGUCACAGCCAAUCAACAGAGAUUCCUUCAUGCCCAAGAGGAACAGAGCCCCUUUAUAGUGGCUAUUCUCUUCUCUUUGUGCAGGGAAAUGAACGAGCUUAUGGACAAGACCUUGGAACUCUUGGUAGCUGCCUACAACGUUUUACCACAAUGCCAUUCUUGUUCUGUAAUACCAACGAAGUGUGCAAUUUUGCAUCCCGAAAUGACUAUUCAUAUUGGCUGUCAACGAAAGCACAGAUGCCGAUGAACAUGGCCCCAGUCACUGGCAGAGCUUUGGAGCCUUAUAUUAGCAGAUGUACAGUCUGUGAAGGUCCUGCAAUGGCCAUAGCAGUUCACAGUCAGACCACUGACAUCCCUUUAUGUCCGGAUGGCUGGAUUUCUCUUUGGAAAGGAUUUUCUUUUGUCAUGUAUACAAGUGCAGGCUCAGAAGGCUCUGGGCAAGCACUAGCAUCCCCUGGGUCCUGCCUGGAAGAUUUUCGUGCCAAUCCAUUUAUAGAAUGUCAUGGCAGGGGAACUUGCAACUACUAUUCAAAUUCUUAUAGUUUCUGGUUGGCUUCAUUAAAUCCAAGAAGGAUGUUCAGAAAACCUACUCCAUCUACUGUGAAAGCUGGAGAGCUAGAGAGUAUCAUCAGUCGUUGUCAAGUGUGCAUGAAGAGAAGAGACUGAUGAAAUAAAUAAAACUGCUACCAAAGCAGAGAAUGGUCAUUUUUUAAAGCAAUGAUCUAACAAAUAGCAGUCUAGCUAUGCUACCACGAAAACUCCUAUUAAGAAUAAAAUUGUUGUACUGUGCCACCAGAUUAUUCACAAAAGUAUUACUACUGCCUUUGGAUCACUGUUGGCUUAAAGUACCAAAUAAAUGGUGGUUGAAAUGAAACUAAAUGCCCCAAAUCAAAUGGGGUGUGCCUCAAAGUAUACUAAGGCUCAUUUACCUGCUCUCCAAGACACCAGGGAAAGUUAAUUCUUGGUUCCUAAAGGACAUUUAUAAGACCGUUUCAAUAGGCAAAAGUAUCCUGGAAAGAAGAUGACUCACAACACUUAUUAUACCUGCUAAAGAAUAGGACAAAGGUGACCCUGUCUCAGGGCCACAUAUUUCCCAAAACCAAUUCAAACCACCUAAAUCUUCUAUCAGCAGGGAACCCAAGGCUGAUGCUAACUCAAAAAAGGAACCAGACAACUAUAUGUACACUAAUAAAAAUUUUUAAAGAGUAUGGA